AUGCCACCAACCGCACGCUCGUGCUGUGCCACUCCUUUGCUGCCCAAGGGCAGUCGCAGCCGCCUCUCACUCGCGCGUGCCCUGCCCCUCUGCGACUACUUCGAUCUCUCUCGCCUCGACGCCCACUGGAUCUCGCCAGACCUCUUCCUGCUGCUCGCUAGAGCCGCUCUCACCCCGCCCUUUGCUGCUGCCGCGGCAGUUAAAGCCAGCCCUUUAGUGGCGUUCGUUCAUGUGCAGACCUCCCGUGCAUGGCGGUCCACGUUCUCUCAAGGGCCUCUGGCGGAGAUGCUGAGCGAGCUGAUGGUGUAUGGCAUGGGCCGCGCACCCUCGAGACGCAACACUGUUGAUGUCACCCUGCCCGCCAACAGCAGUGCAGUGCUCCUGCAGUUGCAUCAGUG